GUAUCUGGCCGAAUAGGCGCUAACGUGGACGAGUAGCAUCCCCAUCAUCAAUCAACAGAAGCCGGAGAGGGUUUUUCACCUAGGGUUUUAGAUUUCGAUCAUUACACUCAUUCAAUUUCCUUCCUCGAUCGACUGAAAACCACAAGGGCUUUCUCCAAAUGUUGCCCAGAUUGAGUCGAGCUGUUACUCAAAUCUCAAAGCUUCGAUCUUUAUGCACAAAUGGAUCGACGCAAAAUCCCUCCUUUUUCUCGCGCUAUGGGUACGCGACUGUAGCUCCGGCGGCUGAGAAGGAUUUCCCCAGCAAAUCUCCGAUAAACUUGGAUAAGAUGUUUUUGUCAAAGCCAUGUUCAUUGGCUCUGCCCAAAGACUCUCCUCUCAGAAUCGAUGAGCCAAACUAUGAAGGGAUUCGUCGUUUCAUACUAAAGCUGCUUCUGUUCUACAGCAAACAGAGCAUAUCUAUCCGUGGUGCAAACGUGAUCUACAAGCGGAUCGUUUCACAAGUCGACAAACCUGCUAUAUAUGAGGUAUUCAACUUGGAGAAAACAUUCAAAAUAACGUAUUCGUUGCUUGUACUUCACAUGUGGCUUGUUUUACGCCGCUUGAAAGAAGAGGGAAAGGAAGGUGUUGAUAUUGGUCAACAUGUGUAUGAGAUCUACAAUCAUGAUGUGGAACUCAGGGUAUCUAAAGCCGGGGUUAACUUGCUUCUGCAUAAGUGGAUGAAGGAACUAGAGAGAAUCUUUUAUGGAAACGUUGUUGCCUAUGAUUCUGCGUUACUUCCGGAAGCUAAACCAAAUGAACUACAAAUCAAAUUAUGGAGGAACAUAUUUUCUGACGAUGGAAUCACAACACCUGAUGAAACGGAUUUAAAAGCAGCAAAGGCCAUGGCAAGAUAUGUCCGGAGAGAAGUUGGUUCUCUUUCUUUAACAGAUAAAGAGUCCAUAUUCUCUGGAAAUUUCUCCUUCACCCCAUUGGAGAACAAAGCCCCUGUGACUUGAGUGAAAUAGAUGAAGCUGUGGCGCUUUGCGAAUCAAUCUUUCAUUUGUUUCUUUUUUUGUUUCAAUUUUCUAAUAUCUACUACACAAAGGAAUAUGCUGGUUGUUAGCAUAUAGAUGAUCACGAGCACAUGGUGAAAGUUAAUAAGAUUACUGAAGUUAGAUCAUUUGCUGUUAUUGGUACAUUAAUUUGUAAACCGCAAAAUAUCAGAACUAUACUACCUUGUUCUGUCUGCUUCUCACGAUGAUGUCUCGAGGUUUAGUUUCUCUA